GAUAAAAUAGCCAAAGCAGAAGCAAAGAUUAUUAUUCACCCCUAUGAUGUUGAAUCUUGGAAUGUUCUAAUCAGAGAUGCACAGACAAAGAAAAUUGAUGAUGUGAGGCCGUUCUAUGAAAAAUUGAUUGAACAAUUUCCAAAUUCGGGAAAAUACUGGAAAAUAUACAUAGAGCAUGAGGUUAAGAGUAAGAAUUAUGAAAAAGUUGAAAAGCUGUUCCAGAGAUGUCUGAUGAAAGUCUAUCACAUAGACCUGUGGAAGCAGUACUUGUCUUACAUCAAAGAAACUAAAGUCACGUUACCAUCAUACAGGCAAAUUAUAAUUUACUUAAUGGCACAGGCAUACGAUUUUGCACUGGAUAAGAUAGGAAUGGAUGUCAAUGCUUAUCCCAUCUGGCUGGAGUAUAUCAACUUUUUGAAAUCUGUGGAAGCGACAGGAUCAUAUGCGGAGAAUCAACGUAUAACAGCCGUCAGAAAAGUGUACCACAAAGCCAUCAUGAAUCCAAUGCUCAACAUUGAGUUGUUGUGGAAAGAUUAUUGUGCUUUCGAAAAUGGAAUCAACCCGCUGAUAGCGAAGAAGAUGCAAGAUGACAGGUUCAAGGACUACACGAACACUAGAAGGGUGGCCAAGGAGUAUGAGGUCAACACGAAGGGCAUCAACAAGAAUGUAGCGUCUAUCCCACCGAAGAAUACUGUUGAGGAGAUUAAACAAGUCGAACUAUGGAAGAAAUAUAUACAGUGGGAAAAAUCUAACCCAUCAAGAAUUGAAGAUCAGACUACAAUUACUAAGAGAGUGAUGUUUGCGUAUGAGCAGUGCUUACUCUGCCUGGGUUUGCAUCCGGAUGUAUGGAUUGAAGCAGCCAACUAUCUUGAACAGUCCAGUAAGCUCUUAGCUGAAAAAGGGUCAGACACAAUGAGCAAAGUGUUUGCAGAUGAAGCUGCCAACAUGUACGAGAGAGCAAUAUCAAUGGGGCUGAAGAACUGCCUGCUUAUUUAUUUCUCCUAUGCCGAUUUCGAAGAAAGUCGAAUGAAGCACGAGAAAGUACACAGUAUCUACAAGAGGGCUUUAGAGUUGCAGGAUGUAGAAACUACACUGAUCUACAUACAGUACAUGAGGUUUGCCAGGAGAGCUGAAGGCAUCAAAUCAGCAAGGUAUGUAUUCAAGAUGGCUAGAGAGGAUCAAAGAACGAAAUUUCACGUCUAUGUCACUGCUGCAUUGAUGGAACACUAUUGUAGCAAGGAUGGUUCCAUUGCGUUGAAGAUUUUUGAGUUAGCCUUCAAAAAAUUUGGACACCAGUACGAAUUUGUAAACGAGUUCAUCAACUAUACUUCACAUCUCAAUGAGGAUAACAACACACGAGUUUUGUUUGAGAGGAUCUUGACGGCCAACCAGAUACCACACGAGAAGACAUUAGAUAUAUGGAACAAGUUCGUUGAAUUCGAAGCAAAUGUUGGCGAUCUGGCCUGCAUACUCAAAUUGGAAAAACGAAGAUUACAAGCUUUUGGAUCUGAGUAUGAAGGUAAAGAAACCUCGCUGCUGAUUGACAGGUACAAAUUUCUCGAUCUCUACCCCUGUCUCUCCCAUGAACUGAGGUCCAUGGGCUUUAAGCACGACAACAUCAACAACAGCACCAACAGCAUCAGCAACAACAUCGACUCCAGCGACCUCGAUCUUAAUGUUAAAAGGUCCAGGUUCUCCAGAGGUCGCCUUGCUUUUCCUAACGUCAACCAAAUGUUGCCAUUCAAACCGAAGAUCGGUCCAUCAGAUUCUUCACAUCCGGUUCCAGGCGGGGUUUUCCCGCCUCCUCCAGCUGUGACCGAUCUUCUACUCAAGUUACCGCCGCCAUCUUCAUUCACCGGCCCUUUUGUGAUAGUUGAUCAGUUGAUGAGACACUUCUCUUCUCUCAACAUACCAGAUGAAUACAUACCAGGUGAGACGUGCGUUGACUAUCCAAAGAUCGAUUUAGGUACUCAAUACUCUAUAGAAGCUUCACUGAUUAGGAAGAGAAAACAUUUUGAAACGAACGACGACGGAAGUGACGACGAGAUGACGUCAUCUACCACCAAUCCCCCGCCAGCCCACGAUGUAUUCCGACUCAGACAACAAAAACGGGCAAAAUAA